CUUUGUUAGAGCAUCGUCGCCGCAAGAAUCGCUACUAUCGUUCUGCUUUGGAGACAAAAACGUACAAACACACAAAGAAUGUCCAGCUCUUCUAACUUGACCACUAUGAAAAAGGCGGUACAGCAGCUUCGCUUCGAGGCGAGCAUAAAUAGAGUGAAGGUUUCCCAGGCAGCUGUGGACCUGCAGCAGUUUUGCUUGCAGAAUGCCUUGCAGGACCCUCUGCUCACUGGAGUGUCCUCCAGCACCAACCCCUUCAGGCCGCAGAAAGUCUGCUCCUUUUUGUGAAAUUACCCUCUUCAUUGGCCUUCAUUUAAACGUUACAGGGAAGUUGACCUCAGCACUGCUCCUCAUGCCAAGCCAUUAUACUGCCACGGGAAGUGUAGAACACAUUGAAGUCGAAUCAGGAAAAUAAAUUAUUAGGAACAUUAGAGUAAAGGAAGUUUUUUUUUUUUUUCAUGGCACACUGUGUUUUUUAAGUAAUUCAUUGUGCCUUUUUGUAUCGAUCUGUUGUGGUCUUUUUUUUUGCUUUGAACUUUUUGUAUUUAAAAAUAAAAAAAUUC